AUGGCAUUGCGACCAAAUGUUCGUGGCACCUCGACGGUGCUUCGUCGCCUCUCGAGACAAACGCAGUCUUCACCGGGGGUGUUCUCAUGCGGCGCUGUGAGGGCAAAGUCGUCUCUGUCGCUUGACAACCAACAACAGCUCCUGAGCGCGCAUCUCGAAAAAGCAGACCCAGUCAUCUACAAGAUCAUUGAACAGGAGAAGAAAAGGCAGAAACACUUCAUCAACUUAAUCCCGUCCGAGAAUUUCACAUCACAAGCCGUUCUCGAUGCCCUUGGCAGUGUAAUGCAAAAUAAAUACUCGGAAGGGUACCCCGGAGCGCGAUACUAUGGCGGGAACGAAUUUAUAGAUCAGGCCGAGCGUCUAUGUCAGGAUCGUGCUCUAGAGACUUUCGGGCUCGACCCCAAGGCCUGGGGCGUCAAUGUUCAAGCCCUAUCCGGCUCUCCGGCGAACCUUUACGUAUACUCAGCCUUAAUGAACACUCACGAUCGACUUAUGGGACUGGACCUACCUCAUGGGGGGCACCUUUCCCAUGGAUAUCAGACACCCACGAAGAAGAUUUCCUUCGUCUCCAAAUAUUUCGAAACCGUACCAUAUCAGCUAGACGAAUCUACGGGAUAUAUAGACUACGACAAAUUGGACGAGUUAGCAACACUUUAUAGACCAAAGGUGAUUGUGGCAGGUGCUAGCGCCUACAGCCGCCUCAUCGACUACAAACGUAUCCGCGCAACCUGCGACAAAGUGGGCGCAUAUAUGGUGGCGGAUAUGGCACACAUCUCUGGACUCGUGGCCGCCCACGUAAUACCCGGUCCGUUUUCAUUCGCAGACGUUGUGACGACGACGACACACAAGAGCCUACGUGGGCCUCGUGGUGCCCUCAUCUUCUACAGGAGGGGCGUGAGGCGGCAGAAUCCGAAGACGAAGGAAGACGAAUUGUAUGAGCUUGAGGGCCCGAUCAACUCGUCCGUUUUCCCUGGGCACCAGGGCGGGCCACACAAUCACACCAUCACUGCUCUUGCUGUAGCACUGAAACAAGCCCAGUCUCCAGACUUUCACGCGUACCAAGCGCAGGUGGUCUCAAAUGCAAAAGCUUUCGCCACGAGGCUGGCCGAGCCAAAGGAAAAGGGGGGCUUGGGUUAUCGUGUGGUCAGUGGUGGCACCGAUAAUCAUCUGGUUCUCGUCGAUUUGAAACCCCAAGGUGUCGAUGGUAGUCGUGUGGAGCGGGUACUCGAGCUUGUUGGUGUGGCUUCCAACAAGAAUACCGUCCCGGGUGACCGAUCCGCCCUCGUGCCCGGCGGCUUGCGUAUGGGUACACCAGCCAUGACCAGUCGAGGCUUCAAUGAGAAUGACUUUGUCCGAGUUGCUGACAUCGUGGAUCGGGCAGUUCACAUCACUGUUCGUGUCGACAAGGCAGCCCGGAAAGCUGCUGAAGAGCGGGGGGAGAAGUCUCCCGGGAAGGUGAAGUUCUUUAUGGAUCAUUUAGGGAACGGCGAGAACUACCCGGACAUUCUGCAGCUAAGAAGCGAGCUGGAGGAUUGGGUCGGGACCUAUCCCUUACCAUGGGCGAGUGAGUGA